AUGAAGCCUCUCCUCAUAGUGUUUAUCUUUCUCUUCUUUUGGGAUCUGGUGUUGGCAGGUUUGAACCCAUUAUCAUCAGUAUUGUAUAAGAAAUGCUAUGGAAAUGGUAUCUGCAGACUUGAGUGCUAUGGAAGUGAAAUGCUAGUUGCCUACUGUAUGUUUGACCUGGAGUGCUGUAUCAAAGGAAACCCUGCACCCUGA